UGGUAGAAUAAGAGCUUUGGAGAGGAAUAAGCUGACGAAGAAGACUUUAGAACUGGCACAGCAGUUCUUCUUGCCCCCGUACACUUUCCAGAUCCGAGUUGGUGCUCUGUACCUUUUGUACGGGCUCUAUAAUACCCAGCUUUGUCAGCCAAAACAAAAGAUCAGAAUUGCACUCAAGGAUUGGCCUGAAAUCCAGAGAUUUCAACAGGAUCUGAUCAACUCCCAGCAUUAUGAUGCAGCAUACAUCUUUAGGACACUGCGACUUGCCAGAGCAUUCCAUUUCACAGCAAUGCCAAAGCUACUAAACUACAGAACUAAGAAGAAGAUUCAGGAAAAUGAAUUUAAAGAAGAAUUUAAGGACCCAAGUAACAGAGUAAACACCCUCAUCACUAAUGAUGUGUUGGAGGAACUGAUGAAUAUUCAUGACCACUAUCAGAAAAUGAAGUGUGUAAUUUCAGCUGACAAAUCCCAGCCAGACAAGGCCCUGAGUUUGAUAAAAGAUGACUUUGUAGUUACUCUUAAAGACAUAACCUUGGAACAUCAGGAAUGGCAGCAGAACAGAAUGAAAUUAUUCCUAAAUGCUAAAGAAACUGAUGAAAAAUCAAACAAAAAGGAAGAAGGGACUUUGCUAGAAUCAGAGGGUUCUGAAAGAGCGAAUGCAUUGGCUAGAAUCAAAUACAGGUCUUACUCUGCAGUUGUUGAG